CACGUGUCUUCGCAGCCGGCUGCGACGUAAAGCACCGAGGAGGCAGCCGGGCUCAGUUCCCUUAACUUUGCUGACCAGCGCAGAAACAGCUCAAACUCUUCACUCUGCUGACAGCACAUUUUAAGUAAAGCCUUGAAGGAAAAAAAAAAAAUAAGAAAAAAAGGAAGAAGGAAAGAAAAAGAAACUUGGGACCAGAGAGAGAAGUGAAGAGAAUCAGAUCCCACAUCUUUGCAGAGGUCCUCCACCGACCGCCCGUCAGGUGGACGAUCAGGCUGAGACGAGCCAGAGCCCAUGGACCUCCUAGGAGAACAGCUCUGAACAGGCGAUGUGGUCGUGAGGGAGACUCUGCAGGCCCUGCAGGAAGAGGGCUCUGGGGGCCAUGGCCCAGGUCAGCAUCAACAGUGACCUUGGCGAGUGGGGCUUCAGCACGGAUGCCGGGGAGCGGGCCCGCCUGCUGCAGAGUCCCUGUGUGGACUCGGACCCUAAGGGGGAGGCGGAGGCCUCUCCUGAAAAUCUGAGCGGAGGUGCCACGUCCACAUUUGGGGCCAUCUUCAUUGUGGUCAACGCCUGCCUGGGUGCAGGAUUGCUCAACUUCCCGGCAGCCUUCAGCACUGCCGGGGGCGUGGCAGCCGGCAUCUCCCUGCAGAUGGGCAUGCUGGUUUUCAUCAUCAGCGGCCUCGUCAUCCUGGCCUACUGCUCCCAGGCCAGCAAUGAGCGGACCUACCAGGAGGUGGUGUGGGCUGUGUGUGGCAAGGUGACGGGCGUGCUGUGUGAGGUGUCCAUUGCCAUCUAUACCUUUGGCACCUGCAUCACCUUUCUCAUCAUCAUCGGGGACCAGCAGGACAAAAUCAUUGCUGUGCUGGCAAAGGAGCCUGAGGGGACCGGCAGCAGCCCCUGGUACACAGACCGCAAGUUCACCAUCAGCCUCACUGCCUUCCUCUUCAUCCUGCCCCUUUCCAUCCCCAGGGAGAUCGGCUUCCAGAAAUACGCCAGCUUCCUGAGCGUCGUGGGCACCUGGUACGUCACCGCCAUCGUAAUCAUCAAGUACAUCUGGCCGGAUAAAGAGAUGACCCCAGGGGAUGUCCUGACCAGGCCAGCUUCCUGGAUGGCCGUGUUCAAUGCCAUGCCCACCAUCUGCUUUGGAUUUCAGUGCCACGUGAGCAGCGUGCCCAUCUUCAACAGCAUGCGGCAGCCCGAGCUGAGGACGUGGGGCGGGGUGGUGACGGCCGCCAUGGCCAUAGCCCUCGCCGUGUACACGGGCACAGGUGUCUGUGGUUUCCUGACCUUCGGCGCUUCCGUGGACCCUGACGUGCUCCUGUCCUACCCCUCCAAUGACGUGGCCGUGGCCGUGGCCCGCGCCUUCAUCAUCCUGAGCGUGCUCACCUCCUACUCCAUCCUGCACUUCUGUGGCCGGGCGGUGGUGGAAGGCCUCUGGCUGCGCUACCAGGGCGUGCCCGUGGAGGAGGACGUGGGCCGGGAGCGGCGGCGGCGAGUGCUGCAGACGCUGGUCUGGUUCCUGCUCACCCUGCUGCUGGCGCUCUUCAUCCCCGACAUCGGCAAGGUCAUCUCAGUCAUCGGGGGCCUGGCCGCCUGCUUCAUCUUCGUCUUCCCAGGGCUGUGCCUCAUUCAAGCCAAACUCUCUGAGAUGGAGGAAGUCAAGCCAGCCAGCUGGUGGGUGCUGGUCGCUUACGGCGUCCUCCUAGUCACCCUGGGAGCCUUCAUCUUCGGCCAGACCACAGCCAACGCCAUCUUUGUGGACCUGUUGGCAUAACCACGGCCUCCCGAGGACCACACGGCCUUUGUCCUUGCACCCGGGAGCCCAUCUCUUACAGCCGCAGGACCAGCUGGCUGGCAUCAUUCCCCUCUGCCGGUGGCUGGCACGACAUCUGGAUGUCCUUUUCCAGUGACGGAUCUGGGCUGAAAUCUGGCGCCGCGCCUCCGGACAGCUCCACUGGGCUCCGGUUCUGCCCCCCUGUCCUGACAGUGCCACAGAUGGUGGCGCAGUGUCACAGAGGAGCCCCGCCCCCGCUCUCGGCUUCUCCAUGCCUGGAACCCACGGGUGCAGAGGGUCAGCAGGCCCCCGAAGAAAGACUGCAGCCUGACCGCGCUCUGGAGGAGGGCGCGCAGAGGGCCCCAGUCCUCCGCAGAGCAGCCGGUCCCGCGCAGGCGCUGUGCUCCUUCCCCCGGGACUCAGCGCCUGCUGCGGUCCGUCAGCAGACCGAGCAGCAGUGGCUUCCUCCGGGGUCCGGCAGCGUCCACAGGUAGCACUGGAUUCACACAGAUGCACAGCGGCAGGCAGAGUCCGUGCCUGGUCCGUUCCCUCCUGGGCCCCCGGUGAACCUGCGGCCCUCUUUCCCGUGGGCACUGGCCGCCCCCCAAGGCUUUGGGGCCUCGCUCAGGGUCUUUCCCCAGACCUGAGGGUCCAGGCAUCCUUCCCCUCCUCCACCCCCAGACACCACCAAGUCUUAUGUUUACAGACGGGGCCAGCCCGGCUCAGCCAGGGGCCAGGGGCCGUCCCGUGCCACGGUGCUGUGAGUGCUCCCCCUCAGCUUCCCCCAGGGUGGGGGGUCUUUCUCAGAUCCCAGGGGUCCCUCUUUACAGAGGUUCAGACGGGUGGUGGAGAAGGCUGGGAACCUUUCAGACCUGGUCAGGAUCGAGGUGAGCCUGUCUGGCAUCCACUCCCUCGGUGAUUGCUUCUCUCUGCCCUCCCCUCCCACCCCAGCACGGCAGCCCAGAGACAAGGCCGCUGAUUGGUCACUGACUGGGCGUCACUGAGAGCCUGGAUGUUGUCUCCUCCUUCCCCCACACCAUUUUUCAUGUCACUCAGUCUCCUGCUCACUGAGUACUGGGGAGUGGGCUGCCACACCCCCUCUUGUCCCCUUCUUCAGCCCCACAUGUCCACCAGGCCCAGCCUCGGUGGCCUGUCAGCCACAGUGAGGUCACACCUGGACUGUGCCCCAGGGAGGGUGAGGAGGGACACUGUUCUCCCAUUCCGUAUUCUUGUUUUGAACACCUGGGCCACUCACUCUGGCCCCACACCAGGCACCCGCUGAGGCCUCCUCUGCCUGGAACGCCCAGCAUUGCCCUGGCCCCUCUUUACAAAACCUCUGUACUGGGGCGGGGGUUGGGGAGCUCUGCCCAGCCCUCAGGACAGUCAGAUGUAAGAAGCAGAGGCUGGCUGGAGGCUGGAUUUUGCUCAGUCCCCAGACUGGGUGACCUGCCUUUCCUCACAUCCAGGCCCCUGGGGCCAAAGCCACUCUGACGCUUUCUUUCAGCCUGUUGCACCUCUCCGGGCCCUGCCGGCACCUUCCCGAUGAGGGUGGCUGCCCCACCUCCUGAUGCUGGAUGUCGGGGGUGGAGGGAGCUGAGGGAGUCAUUGCACAGACCCAGCCAGUCAGGAGAGGGGGCUGGAAUUGGGCCUCAGCCCCAGCUCAGGAGCCCCCUACCCUCCCUGCCAGGGCAUUUCACUGUCUCUCGUCUACAGUCCAGGGAAGAUGGUAAAUAAAAGGGGGCUUGUGCUGCUGA